GUGAUGUUCACAGAAGACGAUGUGAAGUUUUACCUGGCAGAAUUAGCACUUGCUUUAGAUCAUCUACAUAGUCUUGGAAUAAUAUACCGGGACCUAAAACCAGAAAACAUCCUGCUCGAUGAGGAAGGACAUAUCAAAUUGACAGAUUUUGGUUUAAGUAAGGAGUCAAUUGAUCAUGAAAAAAAAGCCUACUCUUUCUGUGGAACAGUGGAAUAUAUGGCACCUGAAGUUGUUAAUAGACGAGGCCACACACAGAGUGCAGACUGGUGGUCUUUUGGUGUUUUAAUGUUUGAAAUGCUCACUGGUACUCUACCUUUCCAAGGGAAAGACAGAAAAGAAACCAUGACUAUGAUUCUCAAGGCAAAACUUGGAAUGCCUCAGUUCUUGAGUCCUGAAGCACAGAGUCUUCUGCGAAUGCUCUUCAAAAGAAACCCAGCAAACAGAUUAGGAGCAGGUCCUGAUGGAGUUGAAGAAAUUAAGAGGCAUGCAUUCUUUUCCAAAAUAGAUUGGAAUAAAUUGUACAGGAGAGAAAUUCAUCCCCCUUUUAAACCUGCAACUGGCAGACCUGAAGAUACAUUUUAUUUUGACCCUGAGUUUACAGCAAAAACUCCAAAAGAUUCGCCUGGUAUCCCACCCAGUGCUAAUGCACAUCAACUUUUUCGGGGAUUUAGUUUUGUAGCUAUUGCCUCAGAUGAUGAAAGCCAAGCAAUGCAGACAGUUGGAGUGCAUUCAAUUGUCCAGCAGUUGCACAGGAACAGCAUUCAAUUUACUGAUGGAUAUGAAGUAAAGGAAGAUAUUGGAGUGGGGUCUUACUCUAUCUGCAAGAGAUGUAUUCAUAAAGCUUCAAACAUGGAAUAUGCUGUAAAGAUUAUUGACAAGAGUAAAAGAGAUCCAACAGAGGAGAUUGAAAUCCUACUGCGUUACGGACAGCAUCCAAAUAUUAUUACCCUAAAAGAUGUGUAUGACGAUGGAAAAUAUGUCUAUGUAGUAACAGAACUUAUGAAGGGAGGAGAACUGCUGGACAAAAUUCUUAGGCAAAAAUUCUUCUCGGAGCGAGAAGCAAGUGCUGUUCUGUUCACAAUAACAAAAACAGUUGAAUAUCUCCAUGCGCAAGGGGUUGUUCAUAGAGACCUGAAGCCUAGCAAUAUUCUUUAUGUUGAUGAAUCUGGUAAUCCAGAAUCAAUUAGAAUUUGUGAUUUUGGCUUUGCAAAACAACUACGAGCAGAAAAUGGUCUUCUGAUGACUCCAUGUUACACAGCAAAUUUUGUUGCACCAGAGGUUUUAAAGAGGCAAGGUUAUGAUGCUGCAUGUGACAUAUGGAGCCUUGGUGUUCUACUUUAUACCAUGCUUACUGGCUACACUCCCUUUGCAAAUGGUCCUGAUGACACCCCAGAGGAGAUUUUGGCCCGAAUAGGUAGUGGAAAGUUCUCGCUCAGUGGUGGUUAUUGGAAUACUGUUUCAGACACAGCUAAGGACCUUGUUUCAAAAAUGCUUCAUGUUGACCCACAUCAAAGACUGACUGCAGCCCAAGUUCUUAGUCACCCCUGGAUAGUUCACUGUGACCAGUUGCCUCAAUACCAGCUGAACAGGCAGGAUGCUCCCCAUUUAGUGAAGGGUGCAAUGGCAGCAACUUACUCCGCUUUGAAUCGUAAUCAGUCACCAGUUCUGGAGCCAGUUGGCCGUUCUACUCUUGCUCAGAGGAGAGGUAUAAAAAAAAUCACCUCAACAGCCCUGUGAAGUGACCUCAGCCAGAUAUUUGGUACCAUGGCGUAAGAUGAUAGCACAAAUAAUGGCGACAGGUAGCACAUAUCUGACAGAUACCUGCAAGCACACUCUGUCCCAGCUGGUACCUAUAAUGCUGCUGCUCCUGCUGCUGCUGCUGCUUUCAUCUAUUCCCGCUUUAAACUGUUGAUGGCAAGUUACUGAUCUUAUGGGGCUUCAAAUGGAGUGACAAGUGGAGACACAAUUAAACCCAUCAUGCUCACAACUGCAUAAACCAGAAGAAUUCCGAACGCCACCUCUGUCAAAAAUACACUGAAUAAAGCACUCUGCACCACAUAGCAUUAUUUUUAUAAGGAAUAUUUCUCAUCCCCUAAAAUGUUCUCUGUUACAGGUAGAGAUGGACAGUUUAUGUUAAGCACUUAGCUUAAAGAAUCUGUUUAUAUUAGCACUAUAUACUUUGUGCCAUCCAACAUUUUGUAUGUUUUUGUAAACAGUUCACAAGCAGUACAUCUCCGUGCUGUUUUCUUUAAUGUAUACAUGCCUUGUUUUACUUAGAUAUUAUUAAUCAUUUUGACAAUUAAGUCUGCUUAAACAGUUCACCUGG